CGUGUGAUGGAAAAGGCCGUAAGAGUUCAUCAUUCAACACAGUACUCAUCCAGAACCAGGCUGAAGGUACGGCUUUGUUGUGACUCGUUUUGUCACUGCGUACAGACCAGGAAAAGAGACAGGAAAAGCAAAAACAUCACAAAAGGUUCCCCUUGGCAUGUGUACCCCCCUCCCCCAGGAAACCCAACUCCAGCAUAUAUGUCCAGAUCCAAACGCGUCGCUGUCAGACGAGCGAAUAAGGACUCUUGGAAACCCAGGGAAAAACUCCCGACGUUGUUCUGUUUCACAAACCACACCCCGCCCCAGGCCUUUUAA